AUGGGUUAUUAUGCAGCGUUGGAAGGAAGAUCAUCCGAGAACCUAGACAAGACAGUGGACAUAGCGAAAGAGAUAAAAUGGAUACCUGAUAUUUGGAAGGUUAAGACAGAACCAAAGAUCCAAAUGUUCUUGUGGAAAGCAGCAAGGGGAGCACUUCCUGUUGGAGAGAGACUUGAAUACAGGAAGAUACUCCUAGACCCGACAUGUAUACGCUGUGGAGAGCUUGAAUACAUCGCACAUGUCUUCCUUCACUAUCUGUUUGCGAAGAUAGUGUGGGAGAUAGCACCUUUCAAUGGAUCAAUCGUACCAGCUCAUGACUGGAACUUUGUUUCUGGAUGGACUCAGCUUCGACAACUCAUUUCGUAUUCAGAGGUGGAGGUGCUUAACAAAGCAAUCAUCGAUGUUGUGGAAUGGUCAGCAGCUCAACCAUCUUUGAUCAAAGACCCGAUCCACAAAACCAGCCAACCUAUAGGAAGACAAAGCGAUGAUACCUGUGUUUUCUGUAAGACAGAUGUGGCAUGGAGAAUAGAGUGCAGGACGGCAGGAUUGGCCUGGAUCUUCGACGGAGAGCAGAUCAGCAAACAGAUCUAA